AGACAAGAAAUACUUGGGAAAGCUUCACUGCUGAGAGAAGCUCCUGAAAUACCCCAGUAUUCAUCCUUUACUCCUUUAUAAUACCUCAGCAUAAUGGCGGGAAUCUUUGAGCAGCCGCGGAAUGCGGGCACUCUCUUCCUCGGUGGUACGAAAAUUAGCGGCGCCGAUAUACGAGAUCAGAAUGUGCUUGCAACACAGGCUAUCGCGAAUGUCGUGAAGAGUUCGUUCGGCCCGUCUGGGUUGGACAAGAUGAUGGUGGAUGAUAUCGGAGAUGUCACAGUCACGAACGACGGCGCUACGAUCUUGAGUCUUCUGGAUAUCGAACACCCUGCCGGUAAGAUAUUGGUUGAUUUGGCUCAACAGCAGGAUAAAGAGGUUGGAGAUGGCACUACCUCUGUCGUUUUGAUCGCCUCCGAGCUUCUGCGAAGAGCCAAUGAACUUAUGAAAAACCGAAUUCACCCCACCACCAUUAUCACCGGCUACCGAUUGGCGUUGAGAGAAGCUGUGAAAUACAUGAAUGAGAAUAUCAGCACAAAGGUCGAAAAUUUGGGAAAGGACAGCCUACUGAAUAUUGCCAGGACCUCAAUGUCUAGCAAGAUCAUCGGUGCCGAUGGUGACUUCUUCGCAAACAUGGUCGUUGAGGCCAUGCUUCUCGUCAAGUCCACAAACCAAAAGAAUGAGAUUAAAUACCCUGUCAAGGCAGUGAACGUGUUGAAAGCUCACGGAAAGAGUGCAACCGAGUCCAUUCUAGUUAAGGGAUAUGCCCUUAACUGUACUGUUGCUUCUCAGGCUAUGAAGACGCGGAUAACAGAUGCCAAGAUUGCCUGUCUCGACAUGAAUCUACAGAAGGAGAGGAUGAAGCUUGGCGUUCAUAUCACUGUUGACGAUCCCCAGCAACUAGAAAAGAUCCGAGAGCGAGAGUCCGGUAUUGUCUUGGAUCGAGUUGAAAUGAUUUUGAAGUCCGGCGCAAAUGUCAUACUUACAACCAAAGGUAUUGAUGACAUGGUUCUGAAGACAUUCGUCGAGAAGGGUGCCAUGGCUGUGCGACGUUGUAAGAAGGAGGACUUGAGGCGGAUUGCAAAGGCUACUGGAGCCACACUUAUCAGCACACUUUCGGACUUGAACGGUGAUGAGAAAUUUGAGACCUCAUAUCUUGGUUAUGCGGAGGAAGUUGUGCAAGAGCGCAUCUCAGAUGAUGAGUGUAUCCUUGUCAAGGGAACCAAAGCCCAUUCUUCUGCAUCAAUCAUCCUCCGUGGUCCCAACGAUUUCCAGUUGGAUGAGAUGGAGCGGUCUGUCCAUGAUUCAUUGUCCGCUGUCAAGCGAACACUCGAGAGUGGCAGUGUUGUCCCUGGAGGCGGUGCCGUCGAAACUGCACUACAUAUCUAUCUUGAAGAAUUUGCUGUCACUGUGAGCUCUCGAGAACAACUCGCCAUCGGUGAGUUUGCUCAAUCCCUCCUCGUCAUCCCCAAAACCCUAGCCGUCAACGCUGCCAAGGACUCUUCCGAGCUCGUCGCCCAACUCCGAGUCCGUCAUGCCAUCUCUCAACGCAUCCAAGAAGGUGACGCCAACGAAGAAGAAAAGGCCAUUGCCAAGAAGAAGACAUAUCGCAACUACGGUCUCGACUUGACCAAGGGUAGAGUCCAGGACUCUGUCAAAGCCGGUGUACUUGAACCCAGCAUGAGCAAGGUGAAGCAAUUGAAGAGUGCGGUCGAAGCUUGUAUCGCUAUUAUGCGUAUUGAUACCAUGAUCAAGUUAGACCCUGAACAGCCAACAGAGGAUGAUGGACAUGGUCAUUAGUCGGAUGUGGUGGGUUCGAUUCUUAGAAAAAAGAUAUUAAUGAGCAAAUAUGUGAAGGUUUAACUUUAGAGUGUACCUAAUUAUACAGAAAAGUAAUACCACAUUGACUUACAUUAUCGU